CGAUAUCAGCGUUGGUCAGAUCGGCAUGAAGAUGAGUGGCAUAAAAGCGGCAUUUAAAAACAAAUAAAAAUAACAACCAAGGUUUACAAAGUCGCAACAUCAUCACAUAGUACCAUCCUCACACGUGCCUUCAAAAUGGAAUACGUCAGACUCGGCAACACAGGUCUCAAGAUCUCAAAGGUCAUCCUCGGCUGCAUGACCUUCGGUUCAAGCUCAUGGCAAGGCUCACCCUGGGUUCUCGACGAAGAAGAUGGCCUAAAGCUUCUCAAAGCUGCUUAUGAUCAAGGCAUCAACACUUGGGAUACAGCUGAUACGUACUCCAAUGGCGAGUCAGAAGUCAUCAUUGGCAAGGCCUUGAAGAAGUUCAACAUUCCUCGCCAAAAGGUUGUUAUCUUGUCAAAGAUCUUUAAUCCUGUUAUGGAUGAUGGCACAAGGCCUGCUAGUAUCAAUGAUGGACCGCUUGUGAAUCAGAUGGGGUUGAGUAGGAAGCAUAUUUUCCAUGCUGUUGAUAAGUGCCUUGAACGACUUGGAACCGACUACAUUGAUGUCCUUCAAAUUCACCGUCUAGACCGUGAAACACCCCCCGAAGAGAUCAUGCGCGCUCUUCACGACGUCGUCCAGUCCGGCAAAGUCCGCUACCUCGGCGCCUCAUCAAUGUACACCUGGGAAUUCGCGCGUCUCCAAUACAUCGCCCAAUCCAAGGGCUGGACCCCCUUCAUCUCCAUGCAACCCUUCUACAACCUCCUCUACCGCGAAGAAGAACGCGAAAUGCUCCCCUUUUGCGAAGCCACAGGCGUCGGCGUCAUUCCCUGGAGUCCUAUCGCCCGCGGUCUUCUCGCCAAGCCUCUGUCGAGCAAGAAGGAUGAGGCGAAUCAGUCGAUUAGGAGCCAGAGCGAUAAGAAGACGGAAGCGUGGUUUGCGGAUGCCAAUUUGGAGAUCGUGAAUCGGGUUGAGAAGGUUGCGGCUGAUAAGGGGAUUAGUAUGGCACUUGUUGCGACGGCGUGGGUUCUUCAGAAGGGAUGUUAUCCGAUUUUGGGGUUGAACUCUGAGAAGAGAAUUAAGGAGUCGGUGGAGGCGUUGAAUGUCAAGUUUACGAAGGAGGAGUUGGAGUAUUUGGAGAGCGAGUACCGGCCAAGGAACAUUCAGGGCAUGUAGAGUCAUGAUUGGGAAAAGAAGCGCAUAGAGGUUUGGGAUAAAUACAUAGAUGAAUACCAAUCAAUUGAGAUACUCCUUCAGGUUCCUUCGGUGUUUGGAAAGAUAGCCAUCGACUGCAUAUACCCAUCUACAUCGAGGAAUGAUGGAUCAAAGCCAAAGAUGGGUGAUAGGCCGAAAGUCGUGUCCCAUGUAGGUAUUGUAGUUCCAUCCAUACCGGUAAACAUAUCAGGGUUAGUGUUAUAGACAUCUUCAAGACUUUGAUUGGCCUCGUUUCCAGGCAUCAUUGAUGAAAUGGCAUUCUGGACUUUAUCUUGAACACCAUGCGAGGUCAAAAGGCUAGUCACAGUCUCCAAACCUCUAAUCAUGAGAUUGGCCAGAUGCCACUUGCCCAUAGACAACGAUCUGAAAUGGCUGAUUAGUCGUGUAAUCUGAUCCAGCG